CCUGAUUGGUCAGUGAGGGUGUCGGUCAGAGCGGGGAGGAGGCCGCAGGGCUGGAUCGAAAAGGCCAGGCCGGGCCGGACCGGCUGUUUGUUGUCAUCCCAAGAUGGAGUUUCUGCUGGGGAAUCCGUUCAGCACCCCGGUGGGGCAGAGCUUGGAAAAGGCAACUGAUGGCUCCUUGCAGAGUGAAGACUGGACACUUAACAUGGAGAUCUGCGACAUUAUCAACGAGACAGAAGAAGGUCCAAAGGAUGCUAUCCGAGCACUGAAGAAGAGGCUGAAUGGAAACAGAAAUUACAGAGAGGUGAUGCUGGCUCUAACGGUAUUGGAGACCUGUGUGAAAAACUGUGGCCAUCGCUUCCAUGUCCUAGUGGCAAACCGGGACUUCAUAGAUGGUGUUCUGGUGAAAAUCAUCUCCCCCAAGAACAAUCCUCCCACCAUUGUACAGGAUAAAGUUCUAGCCCUGAUUCAGGCUUGGGCAGAUGCAUUUCGAAGUAGCCCCGAUCUAACUGGAGUAGUGCAUAUUUAUGAAGAACUCAAAAGGAAAGGGAUAGAGUUUCCUAUGGCAGAUCUUGAUGCUUUGUCUCCAAUACACACGCCACAGAGGAGUGUUCCUGAAGUGGAUCCAGCCGCAAAUAUGCAUGUAUCCCAGUCCCAGCAAAGGACAAGCACCAGUUCCUAUUCCUCCCCAUCUCCAACCACGUAUUCGGCUCCUCAAGCCCCACCUCUGAAUGUGACUGGUCCCAUCACUGCCAAUUCUGAACAGAUCGCCCGCCUGCGCAGUGAACUGGAUAUUGUUCGUGGAAAUACGAAUGUGAUGUCUGAAAUGUUAACAGAAAUGGUUCCUGGCCAGGAGGAUUCAUCAGACCUUGAGUUACUACAGGAACUGAACCGAACCUGUCGAGCUAUGCAACAGAGAAUUGUGGAACUUAUCUCCCGAGUGUCCAAUGAAGAAGUCACGGAGGAACUGCUGCAUGUGAAUGAUGAUUUAAAUAACGUCUUCCUCAGAUAUGAGAGGUUUGAACGAUACAGAUCAGGCCGUUCGGCACAAAGUGCCAGUAAUGGAGUGCUGAGUGAGGUGACAGAGGAUAAUUUAAUAGAUCUGGGCCCUGGCUCUCCAGCUGUCGUGAGCCCCAUGGUGGGGAACACAGCACCCCCAACUUCACUUUCCUCGCAACUUGCUGGGCUUGACUUGGGCACAAACAGUGUCAGUGGAACACUCAGCUCCCUUCAACACUGUAACCCUCGAGAUGACUUCGACAUGUUUGCGCAGACAAGAGGCAGUUCCCUGGCGGAUCAGCGGAAGAAUGUGACGUAUGAGGAUCCACAGGCCGUCAAAGGACUGGCGUCUGCUCUAGAUGUGCGAAAACAGAAUGCUGGAGGGAGGAGAGGUAAAGGUGGGAACUCAGACAUGGAGCCCAUAGACAAGUGGCUAAUUACACAAGGAAUGAUCCCCGUUGCACAGUCCUCUGUCAUGGAUGACAUUGAGGAGUGGCUCAGUACCGACUUGAAAGGAGAAGAACUGGAGGAGGGUGUGACUAGUGAAGAGUUUGACAAAUUUUUGGAAGAACGAGCCAAAGCUGCUGAGAUGGUCCCAAAUUUACCUUCUCCGCCACUGGAGGCUCCCACUCCUCCUGCGAAUCCUUCAGGCAGGAAGAAGCAGGAGCACUCGGAGGAUGCUCUCUUCGCGCUGUAAAGAUCACACCGGACUCCCUUCCCUGGGCUCUGCAGAAGAAUGUCGCUGUACAGUCACAUUGUCCUCUCAGUUUUUGGCAAACCAUGACCCCUUUGGCCUCCUGGUUUCAUCAAUUGCUUCUCUUGCUUAUCUCUAAUCCCCCCUCUGCCCAAACUGGCUUUUGUAUUGAAGGCCAGCUCUCCUCCUGCCAGACCACAGUUCUCCAGCACUAGCUUAACCUCCCCCCUUCCCAUCCAAGCUGCAUAAGGACAACUCUUAAUGCCGAACUCCCCCUUUAAAAUGCAUGAGUAUUUCUUUACCUUGUUGAUAUGAAAGUGUAGCGAGAGAGCAGACUUGCCUUAGACUUACAUAGGGACCACCCCCUUCUGUGGGUUAGACGCUUCCAAAUAGGCCGGCCUGAGUAUCAAUCUGCAUGUAAUGGACUGAAACCGAAUGGAAAUGUAUUUUCAUGUUACAUACAAAACGUCAAGGUAUCCGCUUCUAAUAGGGUUAGACAGCGAAGAAGAACAGCUUUUCCCUUUCAACACGUGCUUUACAAAUUAAAAUCUGUCUCUGUCCCUGACCCCCUCCCAAACCUAGUACCACAUGGCGGUUGCUUUUCUCCACUUGGUGAUGCUUCCAGCGUGUUGUCUCAUGGGUUUUUUCUUUUCUCUGAGUUGAUCUAAGCUUAUGCUGAUUUGAAAGCAGUUUGUUAGUUUUGUCCAGCAGAGCCAGUCCUUAUAACAUGACUAAGAAAAUACUGGGAUAAAUGGCUAUUGUAACACUAGAUGUCAUAGGAAGUAUUUCACUCAUUGAGGGAGCUUUUUCCCCCGGUAGUAUUUGGUCUAGAAUGUGUGCCUUUGAAAGCCAGACUUCUCCCUAGCUUGAGACUAUUUCUUCAAUAACUAGCUCUGAGGCUAAGCAGGCUCUGCCUUCGUCUCCUCAACUGGUUUAAGAACACCUUGGCAAAUGGGCGGGUGUCAAAGAUGUAAUGGGUGUGACUGGCUACGAUGGAGGGGCCUGUUUGCUGAAUGUCCCGUGUAUACCCUGUAGCACUGGUGGGGUUAAAUCCAAAAUGUUGCGGGAGUUGUGUCAUUAGAAAAAGGGGCCGGAGUUGUGAUUGGUUUAGGACACUUCCUAGGUAAAUGGAUACCAGGGGAAAGGUUUUAACGGGCACUUUGGCUGUGUAUAUCAGAGAUGCGGCUCUUUAUUUUCCUGCUGGAAGGCUUGGGCUCAAACACUGUGGGUUAUGAAAUAGACAUGGCACACCUUAGGCCACCUAGCGCUAAGAAGCGCCUGUCCCCCUGCCCAUCCCGCUUUCUGCCUGGCUUGGGUUUUGUUCCCUUUGUUCUCCAGAGGAAUAAGCUAACAAUGCUGCUCCCCUUGAAGCUGUCAUGAAGGAUUCUUCAGUGGAUGUCUGCCUCGGGGGGCCAGGGCAAACUGAGCUGGAGCGCAGGCAGCCCGCACGCCAGCAUUUCCAGUACGGACUUGCUUCCCUCUCUCUCCCCCUCUCCUGCCCCCUUUACCUCUCCUGAACAGAGUCCUGGGUAGAAAGCCAGUGGAGCAAGAUGGAACAAUAGAGGUGGGAGCUCAUACACUGCAGAGCUGAGUUACCAGAGUUGCUGUAUCAGCGCAGCACCCGUGCACCUAGACGCUCUUUCUCCCAACUCACUAGUCUCACUAGUCACGAGAACUGCUUCGGUUUGACUCGGUGUGUCAGAAGCGCCCUGAGUGCUGCCAGGCGUGCACCGCUCACACCUGCUCUGCUCCAUCCUCGGAACCACUCGGACAGCAUAUUUGCAUUUAGCGAGAGCUGUUCUCCCCUGUGCCAACGCCCAGAACAUCUGUCUGCGUUGGUUUGAUCUGGUCUGUCUCCAUUAGCCUGCAGCGGUUGGGCACGUCCAGUGUUGGCGAGGCAGCGAUAUCCACACGAAGCAUUGUCAGUCCCCCAGCGGCCCACGUCUUUGAGAGACAGCGGUGAAGCAGAAGGGUCGGCGUUGAUUCUUGAAACACAUGUGGCUUGCCGCUAGGGGCAGACAUUGGGACAGGACGGUGCAUGACUUAGAACGUCAGUUAUAGUGGGAAGGGCGGAGCUCCAUCUCGGUCUGCAUUCCUUGUCGCAGGACAGCCUGGCUGUGGUCAGUCCCGUCACCUGGGAGGCACAUGGACCAGCCACUGCACCUCUGGCUAAUUCCAACCCCCCACUUUCUCCAGCCUGCCAGAUGUGGCUGCAGUCUACCAAGAAGCCAGUCAACCUCAGGUAGCGCCAAGUGACUCCAGGGCAUUUGUUGCCUGUGCUAAGUGAAUUCCUGGUGUCCAUGUCUACAGGAAGCUCAUGGGCAUUCCUUUAUGUGCCUAAUUUUUAAACUUGCCCGGGCAACACCCUGACCCUAUAAAUGGCUACAUCAGGUGACUCGGCCAGAUCCCAGAUAGGCACGCUACUAAAGAAGGGAGAUGUUCUCCAGUUUUUCUCAGCUCAGAAAUCUGGCCUUUGUCUAGAACUUGAGUUUCCUGAGGAGGAAAGGGCCAAUGGGACGGGAUCACGGUGAAGCGUGGAGGUAAAAUGUGGUGGCCUUGGAUUCUGCCAUUGGAGAGCAUGGGUGGAGUCCUCCACAAGAGAGAGACCGCUCAUCUGCCUGCUGCUGUCUCUCGCCUGCAGGGAAGGAAGGGGGUUACCCCCUCUUCUCUCAACCAUGCUUCAGCAUGAGCUGCUGCCUUGGAGAGAGAAUAGGGCAAGCUCUUGUGGACCUGCUCUCUGACCGCCUGCAGCCUCUGAUGGGGGAAACCAUAAAAUGGAGCCAGACAGAUGAUGCUGAGUGGGAAUGUGCUGAAUGUUGGAGAGAGGCGAAGGGCCUCUGAGCUGUGCUUCUAACCUCAGUCUCUAUGGGUUCCUCUUUGCCAUCUGGCAUGAUCAGGGAGUCCGACGUAAUGCUGUUUUCAAAUGGUAGCAAGGGCUGUUGGCUAAAAUCCAUUGGUGGAAUGGGCUAGGCAUUAGCUAGGGAAAUAUCCUACCUUGGGAGGAACGGGCACCCACGGUUGAGGAGACGAUUGCGGAUAGGGAGUAGCAUUGACCUGUGCUCCUGUCCAGUUGUGCCUGCCGGUUGGCCCUUCAGUAGUAAGAACCACCAGUUCUCUCUUGCAUAUGCACCCCUCCGCUCGCACCACCGAAAGGAGCCCUGCUAUCCGGGUAGGGCUGGUGCCUGACUCAGCGUGCUGGGCACCCGCAGAAAUCAGCAAGAGCCGCGGGUGCUCAGAACAUCUGAAAGUCGAGUCCGUGGCCUCCGUUGUAAAUGUUGGAACUUCCCAGUGUCCUGCAUCAGGAUGUGCCAACUUCUCCGUUCUGCUCAUUGUGAUGUGCAAGAAUGUGAGCCCUUCACUCCCAGUGAGGGAAGGACUGGCUUGUUCCAUUUGUCAUUGGAAGCUGAGUCCCCUCCAUCGCUCUUCCUCCCCUUUAUUGUAAACGCUUCUUCCACCCAGGUGAGGAGAGGUCUGACAUCGCUCUGAUAUUCCCAGGUGAAGGGGGAGGACUGAGUCACAGUUCUCCCCACUUCCCAGGGCGCUACGGUGUCAGAAGAGCAGCAUGGCUAAGCAGAAAGCCUUUCUCAGAGUUUAGAAGUCACAGCUAUAUAUUGAUGACACUAAAUUAACGGGCUCCUUUGCCAGGCUAAUGAGACUUUAUUCUAGGUUCGAGUAUUUAUUUUGUCCAGACAUGCUUUCCAACGUGUUUAACAUAAUCCGUUAACUUCGUGUGUGCUGAGAUGUACAAAAUGCAUUUGUUUCUAUUUAAAGAUAUCUCUUUGGGGGUUUUGUUUUAAAUGUUGCGUGUAGAUUCCAGGUGCAUCUUUGGCAGGCGUAAUUGUUAACAAUGUGCUGUACAGACUUUUAGGGUAUUUAGCAUGUGUGCAAGAUUCAGAGGAGAAAAAGAGCUCGUUCAAACUUAGCAUGGUCUCUCUUAAAGGGAAGAGUAUUUGUAUGCUAAGCGGCCCAAGCUGGGCCAUCAUGUAGCCUCCCAUGUCCCUUUUUCCUGCCAACUUUAAUAACCCCAUCCCGCAAAUUACAUUGACCCAGUCGGCUCAGGUGUCAGCAGUUCAGGUUUGUUUUUACCCUUCUCGGCAGAGGGAGUUCUUAAGGAACGAAGCUAGCUGCUUCCACCUUAAAUGGAGGACUUCACCCGGUCAGACGCGGGGACAAGGCUUGGUUUCCUCCAGGGGAGGAGGAGGAGAUCUAGUCUGAGACUUCCAAAGGCACGGAGGAAGUUAAUUGCCCAGCACCUGUUGGAUUUUAAUGGGAGUUGGGCGCCUCCUUGACUCUCUGGAAACCUCAGCCAAUGUGACCUGUAUCUGCUGCUUCCCAUUCGCCACUCUCCUGUUUCCACCAGUGAGGAUGGCACAGGUGGUGGUGGAAGAGGAGAGCAAAUCUGCUCUAAUGUACCAGUUUAUGUCCUUUUAGGGCCUUGUAAAUUCCAGGGCCUCCUAUGGUGUUGGGAUGCUGUGGGGCAUGGUUAUGCCAGUUGGCUCCAUCCCUGGGCUGGGCUGAUUGAGCUUGGUUGGUCGGUGUCUGGUUACCUCCUCAGUACCAACCCCGAGGCUUGUAGAGGCUGCCUUGGGUGUUGGGAAGGGGGCAAAACUCAGGACAGUUUUUCAAGGAGAUAAUGGAGCAGCAAUCGGUGGGUAAAUCCUAUUCUUGUUGGCAUCUUCCCGCUGCCUUUGUCUGACUGGCCCAGUAGUCAAAUGGUGGCAGAAACCCCCUCUUGCAUGCCCUUAAGAGCACUCAGGUGCUGCUACCAUUCACUUAAUAACCCUCUCCCGUCCCCCUCUUUCUGACCCCUGUGGGACCAGUUUGCCCCAGUUUGUCCCUUCGACAUGGGACUUUCAAACCUCGCAAUGCCCAUUCCUGCCUCGUGAGAGCAGCAGCAGCAAUCUCCCCAUCUAUCUGGGCGGAGGGCAAGGUUCCAUUGGACUGCAAGCUGGCUUUGGUCCCAACUGAUGAUUUACCCAUCCAUUGCUCCUUCCUGCUGUCUCCACCGUGUCCAUGGCAAGCGUAUGCCAAGCGCGCCACCCUGCUCUGUGUUUUUAGGAGUGUGAGCUCUUCCUCCUUCUGUAAUGUUACGAGCUACCAUUAACACUACAAAUGUAACCUGUGUAUCAGCGUCUCUCUGUAUAUUGAAGCUGUAGGCUUUCCAGAUAAAAGUGGAUAAUAUUUAUUUACUGGAGAUAUUGGGUAUUUUUUUGUUUGGGGGAGGAGGUAGGGGAAAGGGGACUUAACUGUUUAAAAAUAUUGACUAUGUAAAAACAGAAGAAACACACUAAAUAAAUGUGUUGCCGUCUUUAUGUAGAAAGCCAAUGUGUUUAUGUAAGAAUGAUACAAGUGUAUUAAUCUACCAUCCGUUAACUUACAGAAAUCAUCUCUAGUUUGGCUCUUGCAUGUGCAAUACUCCAAUAAAAGCACUACCAGUGUGAACUGUACA